AGUGAGCAAGAGAAGCAGGAGCAAAUUGAGGUCCAGAAGGAGAAGCAAAGAGAGCUGAUCCUGCAGCUCAAAACACAGCUGGAUGACCUGGAGACGUUUGCUUACCAAGAGGGCAGCUAUGAUUCUUUGCCACAGUCUGUGGUUAUGGAAAGACAACGGAUGAUUAUAAAUGAGUUGAUAAAGAAGCUGGAUAUGGACUUGAGUGAAGAUAUUGCAACGCUCUCUCCAGAGGAAUUGCGACAGCGUGUUGAUGCUGCCAUAGCACAGAUUGUUAAUCCAGCCAGAGUGAAGGAGCAGCUGGUGGAACAACUGAAGACGCAGAUAAGGGACCUCGAAAUGUUCAUCAGCUUCAUUCAGGAUGAAGCUGGAAGCUCUGGUAAGGCAGAAGAUGGACACUGUGAAUGUGCAGGCAGAAAAGAUGGCGGCGGGUCCUACAAACCAAAUACACGGCCUUCUGGAAACAGAGUGAACCCAGAAGAUGCCAGAAAGAUGCGAGAAACAGGCCUGCACCUCAUGCGUCGCAUGCUUGCUGUGCUACAAAUAUUUGCUGUUAGUCAGUUUGGUUGUGCUACUGGUCAGAUUCCUCGCACCCUCUGGCAGAAGGACCAAGCCAACAAGGACUAUUCCCCCUUAAUUAAGAAACUGGAGUUGUCAGUAGAGCGAGUGAGGCAGCUAGCUGUGAAACACCAGCAGGAAGACCACGUUAUCAGUUCCUCUGAUCUGCAGGACAUUCCCUUAGGAGGCAGAGAUGAGCUGACUCUAGCUGUGCGGAAGGAGUUGACCAUUGCUUUGCGAGACCUGAUGGCUCACGGCCUCUAUGCCUCUUCCCAAGGAAUGAGCCUGGUAUUGGCACCCAUUGCGUGCUUGAUUCCUGUGUUCACCUCAUCGCCACAGACCAUGCACCCAUGGGAACUCUUUGUGAAGUAUUACAAUGCUAAGAACGGACAAGCCUUCGUGGAAUCCCCGGCUCGCAAGCUCUCCCAGUCCUUUGCCUUGCCUGUGACAGGAGGAGUGGCCAUUACCCCCAAACAGAGCCUGCUGACAGCGAUUCACACUGUCCUCACAGAGCACGACCCCUUCAAGCGCAGUGCAGACUCUGAACUGAAAGCUCUGGUGUGUAUGGCACUUAAUGAGCAGCGCCUGGUCUCCUGGGUGAAUCUGAUCUGCAAAUCUGGAGCUCUGGUACAGUCCCACUACCAGCCAUGGAGCUACAUGGCAAACACAGGCUUUGAGAGCGCACUCAAUGUUCUCAGUCGCCUGAGCAACUUGAAAUUCAACCUCCCGGUUGACCUGGCUGUCCGGCAGCUGAAAAACAUCAAAGAUGCUUUUUGAUGUAUUUUUAUUGUAGAUCAUCCAUUUUCCACAAGUAGGCAGCUGUUGGGCUCAAGAAGCCUGGCUUUUUUAAGAACAAGUUUGGCUUUUUGAAAUUGAUACUUCCUUUUAGGGAAAUCUUAUGCUGGUGGAGGUUGUGCACUGUACAGCACCUCAGCCUGCCCCUUUUUAUGCAGCUGUGAAGAGCAAAA